CAUUAGUGGGCAAUUUUAGGAUGAAACAACAGAAGAUAUUUUUGAAAUGAACCUAAUCUUCAAAAUAUACAAUUAUAAAUAAAUAAACACAUUUUUUGUUUGUAUUCACUAUUGGCAUAAUGAUUCAAGACCAUUGCAUCUAUAAAAUAAAGAAAAAUGAACUAGUGUUGCCCACUAUACCAUUUUCUGUACAAGAUUCUGGAAAUACUUGAUAGUUUAUAAAAAGUAAUAUAUUUUAUUCACAAUUUCACAGAUUUGUGGGAAUUAAAAACAAAAUUCGUAUAGGUUUUGGAGUUUCAUUUAAUACAUUUUAAGUUAAGUUUACUUCCAGUGAUGUAGGUAAGAUGUAGUCUUGAAGAAUUUUUGUGACUUUCCAGGAAAGCAACUGAAUUUUCCUUGUUUUAAAAUAUUUAUCUCUUAUUUUUCAUUCAUAAAUUCUUAAAUAUGUUAUUCUCAUGUUUUAUAAAAAUUGGUUCACAGGUCUUGUGUAAUUUUAAGAAGACUUGGAUUAUCACAAAUCACAAUCGAAUCUAGCAACACUUACACUGUGUAGUGGUGUUUAUUCAAGAGUGGUGUUGUACAUCGCUCCAAUAAAAAUUAUGAAUUGAAGAAUAAAUAUCACGUCAAUAUAUUAAAUUUAUCAAAUGAAACAUGUCUCGAAGGUCAAUAAUAGUGCUCGCCGCGGCAGUUGUGAUGCUGUAUUUUUCUAUAAUUUUAUUUAUGCUGAGCCCUUUGCACGGCGCGAAAAGUGCUUAUUACGGUAAUAGUUACAUGAAUCAUUUCGGUUUUCGCCAAGUACCGAGUGUGAACUGGUGCAAGGAGUUGAAGUGGCGGUCUCCUCCUUCACCUAACGUGGUGGCUCUGGUGUCUUACCCUGGCAGUGGCAAUACGUGGUUACGAUACUUGCUGCAACAAGCCACAGGUAUAGUAACAGGUUCCAUAUACAUGGACUAUGGUCUUCGAGUGCAUGGUUUCCCGGCAGAGAACGUAACUGACGGUUCCGUGCUGGUUGUGAAAACCCAUGAAGCACCACCACUUGAGCCAGAUAAAUUCAAAUCUGCCAUAUUACUAAUAAGGAAUCCAAGAGAUGCUAUAUUGGCAGAUUUCAACCGCCUCCACAAGGGUCAUAUAGGGACAGCACCCAAGUCGGCGUUUAAAAGAAAAUCACAAGAGCAUAAAAAAUCAGAGUGGGCUAACUACGUGUCGGCGCAGCUGCCGGUGUGGGAGUCGCUGCACCGGCUGUGGCUGACGCGGUUCGCGGGCCCCGUGCACAUAGUGUUCUACGAGCUGCUCGUGCAGGACACCAGGGCCACGCUCGCGGAUAUACUCGAGUUUGUCAACGUUACUGUUACUGAGGAGAGCAUGAACUGCGCCAUAGCGAACAAGGAGGGUAUUUAUCGCCGCAAAAAAAAGUACGACGACUUUGACCCGUUCACAUCGGACAUGUACGUGGCGCUCGACGACGUGCGAAACCGGGUACUGCGCAUAGUAUCGGACUACAGGAAACGGCACAACAUCACUGAUAGGAGUAAAGGGAAUUUCUAGAAUUCUUCAUAGGUGUUUGAAACAAAUGUGGCGAUAAUUUUAAAAUGUUGUGUGAAAACAUGUUUCUGAGUAUUGUUCUGAGAACAAAGGUUUUGAUGACAGAUUUGAGGGUAAAAACGAUAUGGAUAAUAGAAAACAAACUCACACUUUGAGUAGGGUCUCAAGUAAACAUUUAAGAUUAUGAACAUUAAAUAAAACUUGAGAUGUCAGUUAGCGUUUGAUGUAAGCUGAGUUGACGCUAUAAAACUUAACUCGUCUCCCAAAUACAUAACGCCAGUUAAAAUGCAACGAUUACGAUGGUAAUCGUAGCAUCUCAACUUGCGUACUUGUGCUCGACGAUCUUAAGAUGCUGAUAGCAACUUAACAGCGUUUCAUCUGAUUCGCACUUAAGAGCGAGACUGAGUUGGAACUAUUAAUAGCUUAUGAUGGGUUUGGUGGUUGAUUUUGAAGUAGAAUUUAACGUCUCGAGAAUAUUUUGUUAAUACUUCACUGGUAUGUUUUCGCCAGAAGUGUAGUUGUUCACGCUUUGCCAUAAAAAUAUCUAUAAUAAGACAACUUGUUAAUGGUAUUUAAAGGUGCAUAACACAAAUCUUGUAGCUUCCAGGACUUUUAUUUUUUUUGUAGUAAUUUUUAUGAGUAUUUUAGCAUAACCAAGAAUCUCAAAUACAGCCAUACCAAAUAAAAUUACCUAUUUGUUGUUCUUACUUACGUUUAACACUUUAUUUUUGACAUAUAUUUAUUAGUAAAUUUAUAUUUUAAUGAGGCCAAAUAAUGUCAGUGGUUUGCUUCAAUAGGUAUUUCCAGUAGGCAUUAUCCUACAUCUGAUUUUGUUUAUUCAACAAGAUUAAAAGACAAUAAUAUCUAAGCGACAAAUAUAUCGACAAUUAAAUAUUGGAAUCGUCAGAUUUUUCUGCGCUUUUGUAUCUCUAAGACAAUUUUAAUAUCAGUAGAAUUAUAUUUAUAAAGUAAAUAAAAAUCGUUCUACACAAAAGUUUAAUGAUUGUCGCUUAGAUAUGAUUGCUUUUCAAGUGUCGAUAUGUCAAAUAUUGUAAUGUGCAGGAGUAGGAGCGUAGUCGCUUCGUCUCGUUCUUUCGCACGCGUCGUAAUUACCGAUGACGUCACGUGCGCGUAUUGCGCCUCUUUUCUUGUUUCCUGUAAUUUACACCUUGCACCGAAAUUCAAAGGCCUAUAACUUGUUGAUUUUUUUUGCGAAUUUUAAUCACUUUUUCUGUUAAUAUUUGAUUACAGUUAAAACAGAAGGAGUCAAAUAUCCUAUUACAUAAGUUUGUUAAUUUGUAUGUUGUUUGUUAUAUUGUAUAGAUCAGGAUGUUUGAACUAUCACUAAAGUUGUAGCAAUUAUUAUUGCUAACUCCAGUUAGAUUCGUAACAUUAAUAAGUAUAUUAAAUAUACAUUUAUUCGGUUAUUAUAAAUUGACUACCAAAUAUUUUUAGUUAACGUUGUUUUGUUUUAGCUGAUUUAUUAUUUUAUUUCUCUUCGUGAGAAUGCCUACUGACGAAUUAAUUUACAUUAUUAUUUUAUGUACCAAAAUACCAUUGCUUACUUUAUUACCUUUUAUUAUUGAUACAAUAAGAAGACAUUUUUACAUAGUUAUUUUUAUUUUGAACCAUUCUUUAGUUUUUGUUUUUGCUGUUACAUAUUUAAAUAUUUUGAAGUCAUAAAAAGCAGUAUUUGCAAUCACCUUUUUAUUACCUAUUUACUUACAUUUUAUAUCUAAUUUCAAUGUAAAAGAUAAACAUGAGUACAAAUGCAGUAUUAAUAUCGAAAACUAUCACUCAUUGCUCAAAUAUGUAUUACAUGUCUUAUUCUGUGUAUCCAAGACAAUAAGUUAUGCUCUCUUCAUUUUUCUUAAUGCAUUCCAUUAAAUUAUUUUCAAAAUUAUCAUUCCAUUAUCGAUCGUUUUCAAUAAACGAUAUCGAUCUUAAUCGUAGAUCCGAUCUCAAGAAUAAACCAAUCAAAAUAAAUCACUUGUAAGUCUAAAAACACUAUUCUGAUUGGUCCGUUUUGACGAUCGUUCGAAAAGGUUGGGAUUGUUAAUUAAAAACGGUCCUAUAUCGAUAAUAAUAUUUAUUCAAACAAUUAGAGGUUUUUUAUAUUAAUUUUGUUUAAAAAGAUGUGUAUAUAUUUAUAGUUGUGUAGGAAUUAGUAUUUAUAUACAUAGUAUUAUAUUGUAUUAUUUACAUAGUACUAUUAUUAUUUACAUAUUCAUAGUAUUGUGUUAUUUACGAGAAGUCAACUCGUUUAAUGUUCCUACUUUCUUGGCCUAAGAACGACCAUUUCGGAGGUCUUGUUGACCGUGAUUUGAAUCGAGUUUUCAAGGCUGCUUGCUAAGAUAACUCGAAAAAUGAACAAUAAAGUGGAUUUAUAAACCCCUAAACACAAAUUCAGGUUGAUAUUUUGUGUUUAAUGUAACAAAUUAGACGUACUUUAAAUUUAGUCACCGAGACUGGUAAGAUUGGUUGAAUAAAUUUAAACGAAAUAAACAUCAAAUUGAUUUUAGAAAUUUGUACCUAUUUCUUAUCAAAUGCAUUAAUAAGUAACAAAUCGACCGGCUUUGCAGUAUUUCUAUAUACGUAUUGUAAAUAGUGUAACCACAUUGUGAUUUUAUGAUACACCGUACUUUAGUGUUAAAAGCAAAAAAUAUUCAGUACAAGAUAAGGGAAUUGAAAUGAAUUGACUACAGCAAUAGAAAAAUCUCGUGAUGAAAUAUUGAAUUAAGAUCAGGAGCCCUAUUCCUUCUAUAGAGGCGAAUCCUUCUUUUUGCAAUAACAGGCGUUCUGUUCGAAGGACAGCUUCAAUAGCCGUCUAGGUAAGAGAGUAAAAAAAUACUUAUUUACCUAUUCGAUUAUAAAAGCUAUCCUUCGAAUAGAUUGCCCGUAAUUGCAAAAAGACGGAUUUGCCCCCGUAGACACAAAAGAGCCCCCUGACCUAAAUCUAACAUUUCAUCACAAGAUUUUUACAAUGGCUAUAGUCUAGUUUUUUUAUGUGCAAAAUAUAAAAUGGAUUAAUUUAUGUUCCGAAUUUAUUUUCAACUUGAUUUUAGUGCCUAGAAAUGGUCGUAUAAUUUAUUGUUAGUUAUUCCUAGGCUUCUAGUCAACGAGUAUUGUAAUCACAUACUAGUCUGUUACACGUAUGCCACACGAAUAGUUUGUGUAUCAACGAAACGAUGACCCAGAGUUCAAAACUGAGCCUAUUGUGAGCGCGACGACUUACGAUCGAUAGAAUAUUUUUUUAACCAUUUAUAAAGUGUGAAUAAUUUUAUAUUGUCUAUUUUAUUGAUGGUAGAAAAUGUUGGCUCCGAUGUUUAUAUUGGAAAUAGCUAAUGGAGAGAUGUUGCAAUUGUAAACCAAUUUCAAAAUAAAAAGUAUUACUAUGAUAGUGGUGUUUAUCAAUAAUUAUAGUUUUAGUACAUGUUCAUAAAUGGAACAAUGUAUGUCUCUCUAAUUGAUUAUUUGUGUAAAUAUAUUUUGCAAUGAUAGCUUUAUCGAUCGUAAAUCUUUAGCGCGAUUUAAUAUUAGCCAGCACCGUGUUAUAAUAUGCACUAUCAAUGUUUAAAUUAUGUUGGAUUAUUUAUUAGUUGAAUUCUAUUUAGACAUGUAUGUUGCUUUUGAUAUAAUUUACUAUUGUAAAUAUAUAGAUUAUUUUGAAUUGUAAGUAGAUCGAGCCAAAUAAAUGUAUUUAUAAAGUU